UGAAAAAAUUACCCACCUAUGCCAUCAACCGAACAGAUUGCCCUCUCCUAUCUACACGAGCGCGCGAACUCGGCUCCUCCUCUCCCGGUCGCGCCGCCAUCUCCUCUCCCAAUCGCGCGCAUCCGACCUCCUUCUUUCCCAAUCGCGCCGCCUUCUCCACCCCCGGCGCGCGAGCAGCCUUCUCCACCCCCGGCCGCGCCGCCGCGUUCCCAACUCCAUGUCCCGUCUUCUUCCCUGAACCGCGCCACCGCCGUCCCUGCCCUCACUCCGUACCCCGCCUUUGUCUCCAGGCUGCGGCGACGCGGCCCCAACUCCUGGAUGCAGUGUCUCACAGCUGAUGAUGUAAUCAGGAAAAUUACUGAAUUUUUUCAAUCCACUGGGACCCGACGAUUUGUCACACAACGGCAGGUGCGUUUCAACGGGAUUGAACGGCGAAGUUACAUGCAAAUCAGCAUUUUAUUUGGGCAGACAGGAGCAUAGGAAGUGCUAGUUGAGAUUAGUGAGACAAUCAGUGGAGAUGGAGCCUGCAAAUGCGGAGGACAGUGUCGCCAAAGCCCUACGGUACCGCGAUCAAUUGGUAAGAAACCGAACCCAGUCCAGAGGAAUCCAUGGCGUGGUUGAAGAAGAUGAAGGAGAUGGCCAUCAUUGCUUGCCCGAACUCCAUGGCAGCAAUUCGUUCCAAGUGGUGGAGGAUGCAUCCUCGGCUGCACGUCGUGGGCGCCGCGGCGGGCAUGAUGGUGGACGUGGGAAGAGACCCACCACACAAUCGAUUAGCAGUGCACCAUCCUCGGCAGCACGUGGUGGUCGACCGAGGAAGGCGCCAUACAAGCAGCCACGGCCAUCGAGCAGUGGAGCUGCUACCGGGGUAACGGCCAGUGCAGACAAUCUCUGCGCAGAAGGAUUUGUCGACAGUGAGACAUGUAAUGGAAGUGGAAUGAUUGGCAUGUAUGCAAGUGAUGAUGAGGAUGAGGAUGAAACUUUUGUUGUUGCUAGCAGACAACUAGACAUGAUGAGAAAAGUUGGACCUGUAUUGACAGCAUUUGGUAUGUUAUAUGCUGAAACUUAUUUGAACAAGUCAAAGUAUAGAGAAGCUACUUUAGCUGGUUAUGAUUGGGUUAUGAGAAACCUCAAUUUCCCACAAGAUUGUUAUGAUAUGUUUAGAAUGAGUAGGCCACUGUUUGAGAGGUUACAUAAUUUGUUGGUAACAUCUUAUGGUUUGAAGUCAACUAGUAAGAUGGAUUCAAUUGAAGCGUUGGGAAUGUUUUUAUGGACUAUUGGGGCUCCACAGUCAUUUGUUCAAGUUAAAAACCGAUUUGAGAGAUCAAAAGGAACAAUCAGCGUGAAAUUUGAGGAAGUGUUGCAGAGUGUUUACCUUCUCUCAAAAGAUCUAGUCAAACCUAGAGAUCCACACUUCACAACGAUUCACCCAAGACUACAUGGUGAUCGGUUUCAGCCUCAUUUCAAUAAUUGCAUAGGUGCAAUAGAUGGGACGCAUAUACUAGUUGUUGUGCCCGCAUCAAAGGUGGUUCAGCAUGUGGGUAGGAACAAGUAUCCCACUCAAAAUGUUUUGGCUGUUUGUGACUUUGAUAUGAGGUUUACAUUCAUUGUUGCGGGAUGGCCCGGAUCGGCACAUGAUAUGAGGGUGUUUAAUGAUGCUUUAUGCAAAUAUGCCACUAUCUUCCCUCAUCCUCCACCAGGGAAAUUUUACCUUGUUGACUCGGGCUAUCCAAAUCGAAUGGGAUUUCUAGCUCCAUAUAAAGGGACCAAAUACCAUUUACCAGAGUUUCGAGCGGGUCCACGUCCUAGUGGCAAGAAGGAGGUGUUCAACCACUUACAUUCAUCUCUUCGUAACGUGAUUGAGCGUUCUUUUGGCGUUUUGAAGAUGAAAUGGAGAAUUCUAUUGGACUUACGAGUUAUCCGAUGCUCAAGCAAACAAAAAUAAUACAUGCAUGCAUGGCGCUUCAUAAUUUCAUUCGAGAUAGUAAAUUGAGUGACGAGGAGUUCGAUCGGUGUGAUAACGAUGAAAACUAUAUGCCGAUGCCUUCAUCUCGAGGGAAUGCUAGUCAAUUGGGAGACGAAGAGGGCGACGCAAAUAUCUUUCGUGAUAAUAUUACCGAUGCUUUAUUUGCUAGGAGAUAAUAAUUUAUUGUUCAGUCUGUUGUAAAAAAAACAUAUUCAUGAAUGUUUUAUUUAUUAAUAGAUGACAUUAUUUAAAA